AUGGCGCCCACAAGUCGAAUUUAUCUGACGCGGCAUGCAGAGGCCGAGCAUAAUGCGACGGGUGACUCGAGCAUUGCCGACGCUCUGCUUACACCGCUGGGCGAGAAGCAGGCACAGCGUCUUGGUCUUGUGACGCCUGAGCUGCAGUCAACAGUCGAGUUGAUCAUAUCGUCUCCUCUGAGACGCACGCUACAGACUACUGAGGCUGGAUACAAAGAUGCUAUUGAGCGUCUCAAUGGACACGCGAAUGUUUUGUGCCUUCCCCAGCUCCAAGAAUGUAACGAUGUACCCUGCGACACUGGUUCGCACCGCAGCGUGCUCGAGGCACAAGAGGCCUUCGCAAAAUUCAAUCUCGAGCACCUGACGCCAGAUUGGACGAGCAAGCAAGGAUUUUACGCGGCAGACUCUGCAUCACUUGAAAAGCGUGCGCAGUGGGUUCGCCAAUUUCUUCGUGAGCGACCUGAACAGCACAUUGCUGUCGUGGCACAUGGCGACUUUUUGCGCCGUCUUACAGACGAACCGACUUCAUAUUGGGCCAAUGCUGAAGUGCGCGUCUUUGAGUUUGCGCCCAAUGCGGUAACGACGGAUGCGUGUCCUCUCGUGUUUGUCGAUCAUGUCGAGAAAGGCGAUUGGAAAGGCACUGCUUCCUCGACAGGCGUUGCCCACACGUCCGAUCUCUCAUCGAUGGAAGAGCGCGUGCGACAGAUCCAAGCAUCGGUUAUGUCCCAAACUAGCGAGCUGGAGCAGCUCGACAAGAUGUUGGCUGCCGCCGAACAAAAGCAUGUACACCUUAAGUCCCAAAUGGGCUCGAGUGAUCCAUCAGCUUAG